CUCCCCUCUCCCUCUCUCUUCUUCUUCCCUCGUUUUCUCUCUCUUAAAAAAUUGACAAAUAGAUCGUUUCAAAACCAUUUCUACCCUAAGUCUCUUCUCAUCUUUAUCAACCCAUUCUUUCAAAACAAUUACAGUCCAUUUCUCAUCCCAAAAUUAAUCUUCUUUCCUUCUCUCUCUCUAUACACAGAUUUUUUUGGGUUGUGUAAAGAUGAGCAGUGGUGGAGCUAGGGUUCCAAUCCCAAGCAGUGUUCGCAAGACGAUCCAGGACAUCAAGGAGAUCUCGGGCAAUCAUAGUGAAGAGGAGAUAUAUGCAAUGCUCAAGGAAUGUUCUAUGGAUCCCAAUGACACAGCCCAAAAGCUCCUCCUUCAGGGUCUCUCUCUCUCUCUCUAUGUAUUUUGCUAUCUUGGUUUGAUCUGGAUUUCAUCAUCAGGCGUUGCGAUCUAUUUCUUGAUCACUUUAUGAAGUGAUUUUGCAUUUGUUGCGUUAAAGGUGUAUCACUUCAUUAGAGUGAUACGAAUUGAAUAUUUUGCUGGCUUUAACGAGGUUCUCAUUGUUAUUUUUCUUUGUUAUCAUGUUGUCCGAAAGCUGACUCCACUCGAGUCUUUUUUCAAAUCCCUUUAAGAUUUACUUUUUAAAAUUUUGUUUCAGAACUAUUAUGAGUGUUAUAAUGGUUUAACGGAUUUUUUUUCUAUUGUUAAAUAGAAUGAUGGGUCGUAGAUUUAAUUUGACCAACGCGUGUACUGCUAAUUGACUUUAACGAUUCUUGGAAAUAUUGUAUUCUUGCCGAUAAUGGCUUAUUAUAGUGCAAGAAAUGGGAAAAUUGGGCUUUUGAAGGUGAAGUCUGCUGGAUGUUACAGGGUGGAUCUCUCUAGAUUAGAGAGUAAGUUUUUUUUUCAGAUUGGGUAUGUGAGCAAUCUUAUUGGGAUUGUUUCACAGGUUUGUUGCGUAUUAGAUUGAAUUUUUGCAGUCAAGCUCGAGUAACUGGCGAAACAGUGGAGAAACAAUGAUGUGCCCCAUUGAUUUUUUCAAUUUCCACUGGCGAAACAGUUAUCACUGAACCCCACCAUGGUAGCCCGGUGGUGUGGGGUUAGCUUGGGGCGAGUAGUACACUUGGACGAUCAAGGCUCGAUUCUCGUUAGUGUUGCCUAAGCUUAAUUGAUACCUAUGGUUGGUGGGUGAUUGUAGAUAUCUGCAGUUUACCUUGCAGUGUGGGUCCAAUGUGGCCCUUUGGAGAGCGUAAUGAAGAAAAAAAGCUGGUGAAAUACAUGCUUGUGAUUAUAUUAUGUCUUUCAUACAUAUUAUGCUCUUCACAAGGUUUUGGUUUAGUGGUGAUGUGCAGGACUAUGAUCUUCAAGUUACAUUCAAAGAAGUAGUUCUUGUAUUCAGAGAUUAGGGACGUAGAUAUAAGUGUUGUGAUUAGUUUACAAUUUGUUUUGUUCAAUGGUUUGUGAGUUGUAAUCUUAAUUUCUUAUUUGUAUAUUUUGUCACGAAAUGUCAAAGGGGAAGAUUGGUAGAUCAUAUUUUGUAAUUGACUAAUUUUGUGGAGUCUUUUGUAAAUUUCAACCUAUUCCAUAAUCAUAUGCUACAACGAUGAAGAUACUUGGAGCAAAAAUGGUGCUACUCGAAGAAUCUUUGUAUCCAAAUGUUCUCUUCUUUAGGUUCUUUCUUGGAACUUGGUAGUCAUAUUGUUUUCAAGUUCCAUGGUUUCUUCCCGACCAUACUUGAUCUACUACAUCAUUUUCAAUGUGAUGUUUACCCCAUGGCAGUUUUAGAAUUUAUGUCCUUCACAACCAGUUAAUAGCCACCUAGUUUUUAUCCAUGAGCAUUAGGGAGAGGCCCCUGGGGAUUCACUAAAGGGAGUGUACUGCCUCAAAUGUUUUUUUUUUUAAAUCCUCUGGUUCAAGCAUAUUAAUUUUAAAUGAGUUGUUUCGUAAAAAAGUUUGGCCUGUCAAGCAUGAGAAUUUGGAUAGGAUUCUUGGGAAUCUCAUUCUGAAGUAAAAGACCGAGGUUAUCUUUGCACCCAGUCCUAUCAACAAGCUCCGUUAUAGAGGAUGAACACUGUGUAAAAAGUAUGUUCUGUCUAGAUUUAACCACUGAUAAGUGAAUUAAAUAAGAAUUUAAAUUCUUUUAAAGUGAAUCAAGGUUUGGUUCUUAGGAUUGUUAUUGCAUUCCUCAGAUCAAAACUGCCCAUAAUGUUCACACUUUGAGACUUGCACUAUGCAUUGUUUUAAUUUUUUGAAGUGUGCUACAGUUUUGACACCUGUUCACAAUGUCAGCAAAACACUGCAACUGCUUAUUCAUAUGAUGCUCCUAGAAUUGUUUGCUGUGUUCCCCUCUUAUAAAAGCAAGAUGACGUGGGUUUUACUGUUUCACAGAUACAUUUCAUGAAGUUAAAAGGAAACGUGAUCGAAGUAAGCAGAAUUUGAACAAGGAGUCCAUAGAGUCAAGGUGGAAACCUGGCAUGCAGUGGUGGGGGAACAGGGGUGGGCAGGGGAAUUAUCCACGUCGUCACAUGACUCAUGAUGCUGGAGGUGGCAAAAACUCUGCUUUGGGAAAGGGGAGUGGAAACAUGCAAGUUUCAGAGAAGGGUCCUGGUCCUUCGUUGUUUCCUACCUCUCAGGAGACCAAAAACAAAGAAACAUCGUCUGUUGCAAGCUCUUCAACUUCGAUAAGCAACGAUCCUACCAGCAUAGCUUCUGGGAGUACUACUGUUGUCAAGCAAUCUGACAUGACUGUGGCUUCAGUUCCCGAACUGGUGCCAUCUCACGAUUCUUGGCUUCCCAGUGGUGGUACGGAAAAAAGUGAAGUGGCAAGCCACCAAACUCCUGUUGAACAGAUUUCAGUUCCCCAUGCUGCACCUUCUGAGGUUGCGAGCUCCUUAAUGCAAGGAAAGAUGACAAGCAAACCCCAGGAAACAGGAAAGAACCAGCUUUCCGAGUCUUCACUACUUUUAUCUUCUACUCAUGGUAGCUCUUCUGUUAGUAGGCCUUCAUCUAACUACAAUAGUCGUUCACAAGCAGUUGGCCCUCCCAAAGUGGGUCAUGGUAAGGAGUGGAAACCAAAGCCAAUAAACCCUAGUCUUGCUCAAGGGUUGGUGACAGCUGCAUCAUCUGAGGUUUCCUCUGUUACAAUUGAAGUUGAUACCCAAUCACAGGCUGUAUCGAGUGUGUUUGAUUCAAAGGAAGCAAAUUCAGAACUGCAGAGCAAGCUAGAGGAGCUUCACAUUUCAGAUGGUCGACAUGUUAUUAUCCCAGAUCAUCUCCAUGUCCCUGAUGCUGAAAAACUCGGGUUCUGCUUUGGAAGCUUUGAUAACAGUUUUAGAUUAAUCACUAGCUGUCAUAGUGGCCCCGAGGGUGACAAAAGUCCUCCUCCACCUCUUUCUGAAACUUCCGAGGAGAUUGAAGAAACUAUGGAAGAGCAGUCCUCAAGCCAUCAAAACACAUUGGCAACCGCUGAAGGAGACUAUGCUGAUCAUCCACCUUCAUCAUUGGAAGUGCCAGAGAAUUCUGAUGAGGCUGAUGUCACAUUUAGUGUGGUCCCCCAGUACACCAAGUCCAAGCAAGAAAAUGUCCUGCCCCAUGCAGGGCAUCAAUACUCAGCGGUUCAUACUUCUCCUAGCAACAAUUUUGGCCUCAUGCUAGGGGGCCAGCUUGCACCACUCGAAAGCUCCGAGUCUCAAGUUCGUGAUGUGUCUCGCCUUCCAGGCUUUGUAGUUCAGCAACCAUUUGAUCAGGCGAACUACUAUGCUCAAUUUUAUCGGUCUGGUGCAGACACCGAUGGUCGCGUUUCACCCUUCCAUGCGCCUGGCGUUACAAUGAAGUACAAUGGCAAUGUUGUUGUAGUAUCUCCACAGACUUCUCAGUCUCCUCAAGAGGUUGGGAACUCUUACAUUUUGUCGGCGGGUCCAACACCACUUGUGGGUCAAGCGGCAGGGGUUAUGCAGAGCUCAAUAGCUCAGCAACCACUCCAUGUCUUCCGACAACCAACCGGAAUGCAUCAUUACCCUCCGAACUAUAUUCCAUACGGUCACUAUUUCUCCCCAUUUUAUGUUCCGCCUCCUGCCAUCCAUCAAUUUUUAAGCAAUGGUGCAUUCCUUCAGCAACCUCCGGCUGGCGGUGUAUGUCCGGCCCCCCCAGUGGCAGCCACCAAAUAUCCACUUUCACAACACAAGCCAGGGAUUAAUACAGGAAACUCCCCCCACAUUGGAGUACCUAGCAGCUAUGGACCGUACAGCUCCUCUAUAUCUGGUUAUAAUCCUAGUUCUGUUAUGCCAGCUGGAAAAUCAUCUAACGAGGAUCUUGCAGCAAGCAAGUUCAAGGAAAAUUACCUUACUAGCCAGCAGAGCGAUGGUUCAGGCUUAUGGAUUGCUGCCCCAGGUCGAGAUAUUUCUGGCUGGCAGGCUAGUUCCUUGUACAACCUUCCUCAGGGUCAACAAACUUUCACCCCGACACAUGGUGGCCAUGGCACCUUUCCUGGUAUAUAUCACCAUCCACAAAUGGUGACAGCACCAACUGUUCACCCACUUCUGCAGCAAUCUCAGACCAUGGCUGGAGCUGUUGAUAUGGUAGUACCUACAGGUAGUGUAUAUCAGCAGCCACAGCAUGCACAAAUUAACUGGCCCAGUGGCUACUGAAGGAAGUACCUAUGCUCUUUUUGUAAACCAGCAAACCAAGAACUGCAAAGCCCUGUAUUGAAUUGUUGUGGGAAUUCCAACAAGUUUGAAUGAAGUAAAAAACCAAGAGAACAUUGGCAGGAACUGAGUGUAUAGCUACAGGAGGCGCGGUUGGGAAAAUUGGACAGUUAGUAUCUUUUGAUUGCUUGGGCUGAGGAUAUGAAAAAUAAAAUCCUCCUGUAACCGGCACUGACCAUUUUAAGUUUAUUGAGGCAGGUGCGUGUCAGUCUUCUCUUUUUUGUUGUUCGAAUAUGAUUCUACCUUGUUUCUCUCCACAGUCGGGACCCCUUUGAGCUUUAUUAGAAACAUCGUAGGAGUAAAUUGUUAAUUUUUUUUAUCUUCAUGAGGGGGGUUUUCACUUGUUUGAGGUUUUAUAGGACACCAAAAGUAAGGUUAGGUUUCUAGGGACUUUUCCCAUUUUGUGUUCUGCCUUGUCUAUUGUUGUCUUACUUGUAAAGUGAAUUUUGAUAGCAAGAAAAGAUGUACUUCAAUUGUUGUAAUUUGGUAUCAGUAUAAGCAACAGCAGCAUUCAAUUGUUUCACAACUUUCACUAGACAUUG